CUAUAUAAUUCUAUUAGUAUAGUAAAGUAUCUAAAGACAGGUAGCAUUUUUAAUAUUAAGAAUUUAGCUAAUAAUCUAUAUUAUAAUAAUAAAGAUAUCUAUAAAGAUAACCUAGGCAAGGAGAUAAACUUCUAUAGCUAUCUUAAUAGCUCUAAUAAUUAG